AUGAAUAAUGAAACUUCCGCUUCUCAAGCCCAAAACUCAUAUUCGGAUAGCUCGCCAAAAUCUCAUGAUGAAUUACACGUCAAACAAAUUUCGGAAUCGCAAUCUAUUCCUAACACUCCUAAUUUACCUGAAGAAUCCUCAGAACAAAAUACAGACUUACAGAAAACAAAAAUCCCUGAAAUAGACGUACAGCCUUUGAUAGAAGAAUUAAGAAUAGAACCUUUAGUGGAAGAUACCGUUAAAGUUGUUAAUGUUGAUAAAAAUUCUAUGGAUAAGCAAUCACUUGCAAUCGAAUUGGUCCAUCUAUUUGAAAAAAUAAGCUUGGCAGAGAAUAAUACUAAACGAGCCAAGGUGGAAGAAAUUACAAGCUGGUACCAAUAUAGAAAGCAUUUUGAAAAAAGACUUGAUGAUAUUUUACCCGAAAACCAAAGAAAUGAUAAGAGAGCCUAUGAUUUAGCAAAUGUGGAAGAAUUACCUGAAUCGUUAUCGGAAGAAGUAUCGGAGUCAGAAAUCCUUGAUACGUAG